AUGUCAGAAGUAUCAGCUCUGCCUGACGAUAUUGGGCGCUUGUCCAAGCUACAGACACUCGUGCUGGAGUUGGAAGAACUCAUAACUCUUCCUGAUUCCAUCACUCUGGUUACCACGCUCCAAGAGCUCUCUCUCGAAAACCUUUUCCACCUGUCGUCACUGCCCGAGGACUUCGGGCAGCUGAUUGCUCUUCAAAAGCUGCACCUGAUCAACCUUGGCCAGCUCACAGGCCUGCCUGAUUCCAUCGGGCAGUUGACAACUCUCCGGGAGCUCAAAGUCGUUGAUUGUAGGCAGCUGAAGCAACUUCCUGACACCCUAUCCCGGUUAUCUUCUCUCGAGCACCUGACGAUCGAGAGUUGUCCGGGCCUCAAGGUGCUGCCAGACGAAAUGGGGAGCGGUAUGAAGCGGUUGCGCUAUCUACAUCUGGUGCACUGCUCUUCUCUCACCCACCUUCCUCCGUCUUUCUCCGCCCUGACGUCCCUCGAAACCCUCAAGAUCAUGCGAGCUAAGCGCUUCAGAGGCGCCCUAUUGGACGGCUUUUGCUGCCUGACAAGCCUUAAGGAGUUGGUGCUGCAAGACAUGCCUCGCCUGGCUGCCCUUCCUGCUUCCUUCUCAGGCGUUUUCUCACUCACCAGCCUGGAGAUUAUCAAUUGCCCUAAAGUACCGGAUUUUCCUGAGGGGAUCGGACGGCUGGAGGCGCUCGAGGAGGUCAGAAUCGCACGGAUGGACGGCUUGAAGCGUCUUCCUGCGUCGCUGGUUGAGCUGCCCCGAGUUCGGGUGUUGGAGGUGCGGGUAUGUGAUGGGAUCGGCGCGUUGCUAGGGGAUGAGAUAGUGCUGAAACGCACUGCCAAAGGAUCUUCGGUGAUCUUCAACAGCACCGCCAGCAGCAGCAGCAGCAGCAGCGGCACCAUCUGCAGGAAACUUCUUCCAUCCGUUCGAAGCCUCAAGAUUAAGUCUCUCCCUUUCUUAACCAUCGGCCCGUCCCUUGGCCAGCUCUCCUCUCUAACGAAGCUGAAGCUGAUAGAAAUGGACAACCUAAUAGCCCUUCCUGAAUCCAUCUCUCGACUCUCACAGCUGAAAAAGCUCCGGAUCGAUUUUGCCUUGAAAAUUGAGGCACUGCCGCACAGUUUGGGAGGGCUGUCAGGGCUGCGGGUCUUGCAACUGCGCUACUUGGCGAUACGGGAGCUGCCCGAACAGGAGGGGGUUUCGUGCAAGGGCGGGCGAGGAGGAUGA